UGCUUGCAGUGGCGUCUAAUGACCACCAGAUGGUGAUAUGUCCCCAGUGCCGUGACCACCUUGAUUGACAAGGAGUUUUCUGUCGGCUACGCACGCCAGAGCAUGCGAGGAACAUCUUGCCCUCGUACCUCUGCAGAGAGGAGGAGGAGGUGGGGAAAGCAGCAACUGGAAUGAUGGAGAUGAAGAGAGAAUCUUUCCAUCAGUAUGGCUCACUGGAGCGUACACAAUGGAGCAGACAUGGCAACAAAGCAGAAGAUGACGUGGUGUCCAUGGCGGACUCCAGCAUUACUGCUGAUGACAUUGAGGGCGAACUCUUCAAGAUCGAGAGGAUUAGAGACGUUCUGGUCCGGAGGGAGUCUGAGCUCAGAUACAUGAUGGAUGACAUUCAGCUAUGCAAGGAGAUCACUCGGCUGAAGAAGGAGCUGCACAAACUAGUGUCCCUGUCAGAUAACGACAAGUCCAAAGAGGACCGGCUAAAGGAAGAUGAACUUCUGCAGCAAAUCCACAAACUGGUCGAAACCAGAGAUUACCUGGUGGAUGAUGUUGAGUUUGAAAGACUCAGGGAGAAAGAAGAAGAUAAAGAAAUGGCUGACUUUCUGAGGUCUAAAUUUCCAAGAUGCCUGCAGAAAACAGGUGUACCUACAAGGCGAGUAACACCCAGGGCUCAGCCGAACUCUUCUCCCUUGGCGAAAACGGGCCUCACCCUGCUGAAGGAGUGCUGUGGCUUCACAUGCGCCAUCAUGUAGCUCAUGAAGGUCACAGACGAGAUCUGCACAAAGUGAUUGUCAGCAUAUAUGAUUUAAUUUCAAGUUAACGCUCCCAGAUAAUGUGUAAAAAAAAAAAAAAAAAAAAAAAAAAAGAAAGAAAGAAUUAUCAUUUUUCCUGUGCAUAAACGCGUAGCACACAUGCUGCUUUAACCAUCCUGGUAUUAAAACAAAGCUGUCCUCAUUGCAGCUUCUUGACACAGCUGGCUAGUCCAAUCACUGCUGUUACUUUUUAAUUAACACUAACAUUAGAGUGACAUUAAUUGCUAACUGAUUUGACGCCGCAUCAAAUUAAAUAGGACCUUUUAGUGACAUGGCGGGUUCUUGUUCAAUGUUGGUGGCGUUACUCACCCUGUUAUUGUUUUAUAGUAGCAGGUAAUUGAAUUAGUUUUUAAAAUGUUGCAACGCUGUUACCGACAGUGAAAUGUGGCGCGUUAUAAUGCACUGAUAUCGAUAUCAAUAAUCUGGAUGUCACUUCUUUCGCCAUUGUUUACUACUACUGCACAGAAAGCUAAAUAGCUAGUCAACAAGAGUUGUGCUUGCGCACUCUCAGGAAAACACUGCCCCCUCGCGUUUUGGUAGAGAAUUAUCACAAACUCAGCCCGACUCUAAUCUCAUGACACACGUCAGCCGCACACCCACUGCAAAGCUAAACCUGAACUCUUUUACAUAUUUGAAGGUUUUUCAGAAAAGUAACGUAAUAAUCACUUUUCCUAGUAACUAGUUAUUACAACUAGGUAAUUUCCCCAACACAGGUUAUAUUUAUUGUGAAAGCUCCUUCCUCUGCUUUUUUGUGUUUAGUGGGACAAUUAGGAAUUUAGUAGGUUUUACACAUGUGGCAGCUAACCAGUCGCCUACUCUGGUCUGUAGAAUGAAUUUCAUGGGAGGUUCCAUGAGGUUAUCCACUGGCUGCUGGCUCACAUGCUUCUUGUGACCAAUCAAACUACAGAUACACAACUGUGUUGCCAAGAAGAAUAGUCUCCAUGGCAACCCCCCCCCCCAUACCUUUACAUUGAGACAGCCAAUGCAGCGAUUCAAAAGAUGAGAUUGUGUGUGUGUGUGUGUGUGUGUGAUAACAACAACAAUCAUGCAUGGAUAUUGCACUUAUCUGUUUGGUCAUGUUUAGGUUUUGAAAUGCAUGCAAAUCCCUCAUGUAUACAUGAUUAUGAUAAAUGCUUGAGCUCACACACUGCACUGUAAUUUGUAGAAAACUGGCAUAUUUUAAUAUCACUAACCUUAAAUGCAGCAGUAUAGCAACGCUUGUGUAGCUGCACAGUACAGCAGAUGUUUAGGCAGUAUUAACUCUUCCUACGAUGUUUGAUCAACACAUUGUACAGUAAAAGCCAUGUGUCCACCAGUUGGUUCACAAGUCUGGUUAAAAAUGCAGGCAGAGGUAUUCUCAAUGCCUCCCCUCCAGCAUAAUUCAAAUAGUAGUCAUAUCUGUCAACAAGAAAACAACUUUUUUAAUAGGAAUGUCAAAUGAUUAAAAAUCAGAUUAAUCCGUUUUCAAAUUAAUUAAUCAUGAUUAAUCACCAUCUGCAACUAUGGCUGAAAUAUGCCCAUUUUUACUGUAUUUUAUUGAAAGAAACAUACUGUAUAUAAGUAUUAACCGCUCCAAAUUAACUGAAAGUUUAAAUCAAGCUAAAAGAUAGCACACGUGUCUGAAAAUCUAUUUACCUAAAACUAGUUUCUUCAACGGUAGCAGAACAUUAGAAUCACACAACAGUGGUAUUAUAAGCAAUGAGGGGUUGUGUUGCAAGACACCACGUAUCUUAAAUUGAAUUCACAUGUUUUGAGAUUAUUUUCUGGGAUUUCCAAGAAUACCUAAAUGCAGCAAAAUGUGAGUGCUCAGAAUUUUCACUUAUUGUCUUUCUGUGUACUUACACAACACAUAUACGCAUAAUGAACACAUUGUUGCGAUGUUCCGGUGUCCCCGAAUGCAUCACGCGGUCGCCUAGUGACAAUGAGGAAGUAUCGUUCUGAGGCUGAACGAACUGUAGGCGCGUUUGUGAGUUGGAGGUGGUGUUGGAAUUGCACUGCUGUUCAUGUGUUCAGGUCAGAAUAAAGUUAUAAAAGGAGCAUCAGACUAACUCUCCAGGGAGCUACACAGUACCACCGUCUGUUGUCGUAACACAGAAGCUUGGCUUGCCAUGAUACGCAUGCUUCAUUACGCAAUAAAUGUAACCUAAUUUAUUAAAUAAAUUAGUUACCGUUGUUAACGCGCUAUUUAUGAUAUCCCUACUUUUUAAGCAACAUGUGGCAACAUGUGAGUCCCAGUGGAGCAAAUACGAUUGUAUUCACUUUCUUUAUGAAAUGUUUUCCUUUUUUUUUUGCUGAUCACAGUCGCAAUCCCUCCAUCUCAGAAUACAAAAUAGUACGGUCCAUUCUUAUGUCAUCCAUCCUCAGCGAACCAUUAUUAUCAUUAUUAUGAAUGUUCUCUCUUUUUUUGGGGGGACGGUUAUCUCACCGUUAUCUAUUAUGUGUUAUCCUGACUAUCACUGAAAACAUGACAUGGAAUCCAGGAAGUGAACUACAUGUACUGUACUAGAUGUAGAAUGGAUGGGGGGUAGGAUUAAAUAAGCUUUGCUUCUUCCUACUCCUUUUGGACAUGUGGAACUGUCAAAAAAUGAUUCACGAGAUGUAUUUCAUUGUAACCUUCAUGUUCAAAUAAACUAAACCAAACCAAACCAAACCAAACCAGAAAGUAAACCAUCUUUUUGAAUGUUUAGUGACAUCUAAUUCCUCUAUUAACUUAUAGGAUUAGAAUGAACCCGUUCCCCGCACCCCAGAACGCAAAUGAUAGUGUCCCGUCUUUUAUCUACUAGUCCAGUCAAAAGCAGAAAUGAGACAACAGACUAACAAACACAAAUAAGGGAUUGCGUAACUUUUUCACUUUUGUUAGCUUUUGUUGCUGUUUGAAUCACAAAUUAAGUGUUCCACCGCCUACGAAUAAAAAAGGGUGUGUCACCAUUGGCUCAAGCAGCGUUUUGGACCCCGUGAUGCAGAGAGAGGAGACAAUCCACGAUAACAAAAGAAUUUAUUACAAGUCGAGUCCUCCGCAGGAGUAAAAAGACAAAAUACAAAAAUAUCAAAAGGCAAUGAGUCCAACACAAAAAUACCGUGCCACGCCACAGAAAUGGGAUAAUAAAAGGCACUGCUAGGAAAAAGUAGUAGCAGGGAAAACCAAGCAGGCAGGUAAUCUUAGCGAAAGUGCUAACGCGCCACUGCUGGAGGUAGCCAGGCAGGGAGAAAGUAUCCUCACAAUGCAGGUAGAAUUGAAAGCAAAACAUACGAUAGGGUAACACAUCAGGCAUAGAAAUACAUGAAGCAGGCAAGGAGCUGUUGCCGACAACCAGCUUAAUAAGGCCAGGAGCCCUAAAGAGCUGCAGGUGUGCCACGGUGGCUCCACCCGCAGGGAACAGCAUGCACUGCAAGAGGCAGCAGAUAGGCGGCAGCAGAGCGACAACACAAAGCAUGUCAGGGUGUAGUCCUUCCAUCUCCUGGUAUCUUGGUUACCAUCUUUGUCAAAUAAGCAAACACAUUUUCUAGUGGAAUUUUGUUUCUCUUUUGACAAUUUGAGUUUCAAAUGAAGCAUUUUCUGGGCCUCAGAAUUUUUAUUUAUUUAUUUUUAAAAUGGUACAGUCCUGACCAGGAACGCCACCAUGAAAAAAAACAUUGUCCUUACUUUCGCCCUCUACACAGUGCCCCUGGUCCUGCCUCUUCCUGUCAUUUUCCAUGAACCUAGGAGUGGCUUGUUAAUUUAAAGCAAUGGUUGUCAAUUAUUUUCUGUCAUGCCCCCACUGGAGGACAGAAAUGUUUUUGCGCCCCCCUCCAAUUUGAAAUAAUAUUGACAAACUGAUUUAUUUAUCUGUACUGUACAGACUGAACUUGAAACUAAAACCAGUGAAAUGCAACAAAAUGGAGAGCACUGAAGCACACGAGCAUAUUCAAGAGUCAAACUGCAUGCCAAGUAUGACAAACUCAUACAUGUUGACAGGUCUGCACUAAUAUUGACAGUCCUCCCUGCCUCUCACGUACCCCCCAUACCCCCCACCCUCAAGAGUUCACCCCCACAGGGGGCC